AUGUCCGCUCAACGACUCAUGCCCAAUAACUCUCAGUCCGCUGGCGGGCUGCCCACACUCUCUGCAAACCCCAACCAACCCAGCAAGUAUCGUCUCACCAGUCCCACGAAAGCCAAAGUCUGGCCAGGCAAGACUACGGGUCCCCUGAAAUCUCGUCGUUCCAGCCACGCUCGCAAGCGUUUUGCUGACGAGACUGAGCGUCCAGGCGCUCCAGUGUCGCCAUCACCAACACCUUGUCGAUUCACUUCCCCGCCACCGGUGUGCCCUGCCGAAUAUAACAAAGUGUCGUCUCCAACAGAAUCGGUCUUCAGUCGGAGUCAAGUCGUUGUCACUUCCAAAUGGAAAGAUAGCGAGUCCGGGUCACCCACCGCAGAUCGGUCGUUUGACCGCCCAGCCUCGAGCCCCGAGGUCUCUCCGCAAACGCUUCCCCCUUUGUGCACCGAAGACGACUCCGACGAUGAGGCAUUUGUGGAGAACGGAGAAUUCAGCGAGUAUGAGGAAGAAGAAGAAGAUUCUUACUAUGGUGAUGAAAACGACUCAGAGGAGGCGUGUUCGGCCGUCCAUUCUGAAAGCCACGCCAAGCAGCACCCUCGUGAUCAACAACUGGAGAACGAGUUUUGGAGCACUCGCCUACACGACUACGUUGCCACCACGGCUCAAGGCGAUUACGAAGAGCCGAUCAGCUUCCCCUUCACGUUCUCUUCUCCAUAUGGGGCUCCCGUCUUCCCAUCUCCAGCAGUGGUCGCGCAAAGGGUUGUGGGCUAUAUCCCGGUGGUUUUGGUUUCGGUUCCCGUCAUCCACCAGGGUCUUGUGCACGAUCGUCCUUCCGACGAACAUAUUUUUGACGCUAGGUUUGAUGGCUACUACUACGACUCGGCUGGCCCAUAUGACUUUCACCGUGCUGUCCUCGAUCGUUCAUCAGCUCGAGAUCCGCAUUCAUAUGCCCAAGCACUGCCAGCUACACAAGCUCUUGUUCGCCAGCUUGCGCUCGAAUAUCCGCAAAUCAGGCCUGAUAUGCUGACUCCCCUCGUUCAAGCCCCUUCUGCGAGUUUGAUUGGCACUAAUCCGUAUGCUUGUCCAUUUCCCUCAUGCGACGACCACAUCCUCCCCACGCUUAAUGCGGCGCAAGCCCACAUCCACGGCUCUCAUGCUCCCGCCCGUAGUUGCCCAGUUUCUGGCUGUUGUGAGCAGCGUGGCUAUACGGCUGAACAACUUGCUGCCCAUAUGCAUCGUGAGCACCGUGUUGAGCCGGCUCGGGCUCGCACGUGUCUCCAAUGCAAGCUUUGCGGCGACCAGUGUGUUGGCGAACAGCGAUAUGCUGCUCAUGCAACUCGAUGUGCGAGGGGAAGGUCCCCGGAAGUGACGGAACGACCGUCCAAGCGGGCUAGACUUGCUGCCUAA